AUGUCAACACCGGCGGAUCACAAGCCAGCGAAGCAAGCGCCAAAGGUUCCAUCUGUACCACGACCCAGCGCGAGUGUUCUCGUAAUUUCUCCAACGAACCAAAUCUUGCUCCUCCAUCGCGUCAAACAAGCCUCGAGCUUCGCAGCUGCACACGUCUUUCCAGGAGGCGCGCUCAGUAAAACGCAUGACGGCAAGAUACCAGACGUGAACGACCCGGGCCGACAUCAAGAUGGCCCAGCGUACCGCAUUGCAGCUAUUCGCGAGACCUUUGAAGAGAGCGGCAUACUCUUAGCCAAAAGCAAGAAAACAGGCAAACUCUUCACCGAUAUCAGCGACGGAGAACGUGAAGAAGGGCGCAGAGCCAUACAUGCAGGGAAGACCAAGUUUGCCAACCUCCUCGAGAACUGGGGCGCAACACCAGACACCGAGUCCCUUAUCCCCUUCACGCGCUGGAUCACCCCUCCCAACGUGCCCAAGCGCUUCUCCACACAAAUGUACAUCUACUUCCUCCCCCUCGGCUCUACAUCGCCGACCAAGAAAGCCGCACCAACAGGUACGCCGCCUGGCUCUGGCCUCGAGGAAGAAGACGAAAUCGUGAUUCCCAACCCUACCCACGACGGUGGCAUAGAACAUACCGCCGCGCGUUUCCUCCCACCCAAUAAAUGGAUCGAUCUGGCGAGACAGAACCGGAUUAUUUUGUUCCCACCUCAGUUCUUCUUGACGUUGAUGCUCGCGCCAUACCUCUCGUCCACGGUGACUAGUCCGUCCUCGCCCAUCCCCUCACCGCAGCAACUCCAACAGGAGCGCGAGAAGUUGCUGGACUUCCUCGCUAAACCGCGUAUGUAUGACGGCCAGCCGGAAGUUUCAUUCGCGGAGGCGUGCAUUUCGCCGAUUGUGCUGGGCAAAGGCGAGUAUGGCGAGAAGAGCCAGGAUGGUGUGGGUGGCGUGGACAAGUACACUGCUGUCCUGGUACUGGAUAGGCCGGGGAAGGAGGUGGAUGCGCAGGGGCAGGGGAGGAGGGGGAUUAGAGAGUGGGUUGUUACGACGAAGUUCAAGGGCGAGGGGCCGCGGGAUGUGGAUGUUAGGAGACGGGAGGAGGUUUUGGGAGAGGGGGGAGGGGAAGUUGUAAGGGAUUGUGAAGGCUUGAUUGCGAUGGUGUGGCCUGUUGGUUUGAUGCGACAGCGCUGUCUUGCAAGAUUUGGAAUAUCGUCGACCGUCCAGCGAUACAUGUUGGAAAUGUCACGCUAGCUUUCUAAGCAACGACGUAGAAUGUCUCAACAUUACUUGCUA